UCUCCACCGCGGCGUACGGAUCGGGUGAAAUCGUCCCAGAAAAUGGGACCCUACCAAAAUAUCCACCGAAAAUCAUUAUGAAACGUUAACUAUUAGUUCCAAACUAAAAAACUAUGUUAGUGGCGUUAUAACGGUCGGUGCGUACGUAGUUUUAGUUUUUAGCUAGUGGUCCUUGUUUCGUCGUAACUAAAAUGUAUGUGUUGGUAAGACUUUUGCUCGUGUUUAGCGAUAUUUAAAAAAAAACCCUAAAAUUAUUUUUUAUUUUACUCUGUAAUUUAAAUUUUUUUAAAUAGAAAAGGUCUUUUAAAGUGCGCGAACAUUUUGUGUUACAGUUUAAAAAUCGUGUUUAAAUAUAAGCGGUUAUAAAACAGUAAAGUAAUUAAAAUUACGUAAAGCAAUACAGGUAGUGUUUAAUAAAAAAAAAUGUCCUCUUUUUUGUUAAAUUGUAGUAAACAAUGCUUGUUUCGGACAGGUUCUGCUUAAAAUCAAUAAAUGUCUGCGCAUAGCAUUGCCGUACCUACGUUAUGAAGUCACGAAACCUAGUAAAUAUAUACGUCAACUCGUGAAGCGAUGGACCAGUCCAGCUGAAGCCGGGGCGCAGUUCACAUCACGGACGACCGGAAGAGACCCAAAAUGCGCUGGAUUUUUCCCGUUCCAGUUCUCCUCAUGUCCUGGUUCGGAGUGGAGCAAGUAAAAGGGAACUCGUGCAUCCGGACUGCAUUAUGGGCUCUAAGCCUCAGUCCGCUAGUUCGGGCGGAAUGCCAAACGCGCACGAUAUACUGCUACGAGUGUGACAGCUGGACGGACGCGCGCUGCAAGGACCCCUUCAACUACACCGCCCUGCCGCGCGACCAGCCGCCGCUGCAGACCUGCAACGGCUGCUGCGUCAAGAUGGUGCGCUACUCCAAAAGUCCGUACGAGGUAGUCCGUCGAACUUGCACCUCGCAACUCCAAAUAAACCUGUUCAUGGUCGACCACGUGUGCAUGAUGGAAAGUACAGGCACGGGUCACAUGUGUUUCUGUGAGGAGGACAUGUGCAACCGCGCAUCGACUGUCGACAUCACGCUGGCGAUCACAACACUAGCGUUGCUCGCAUGUGCAUGCUGCAGGUGAAGUAGGACGCUAGUGACGGCUGAGCGUCGAUCGGUUUUAUCGAUUGGUCGGUUUUGUCAAUCGGUUAUCAUUAAAUGAUAUUGGGAGUAUCGGUAAAUUAUCGGUACCGUUGAAAAGUUCUAAUGUCGCCAAUCAGUUACCGUUAAAUGGGUGAUAUGAGAUAUCCAUUGGGUGGGUUUGAUUGUAGUUAGCGAUUGGUAUCGGUUGAUGUCGAUAGGAUUAGAAAUGGUUAUCAAAAUAGUUUCAGUUUUGAUAAAAUUUUGAUGACUAUCAGUUUUAUCGAUUAGUCGGGUUUAUCAAUCGUUUAUCGUUGAAUGGUAUUGGAAGUAACUAUUGAUAAAUUAUCGAUACAGUUGAAAAUGUAGUUCUAACGGUGCUGUCAAUCGGUCAACGUUAAUUGGAUGAUAUCCAUUGGGUGGGUUUGAUUGUAGUUAGCGAUUGGUAUUGGUUGAUAUUGAUAGAAUUAGUAUAGUUACCAAAAUUGUAUCCGUUUUGAUAACUUGGUGGUUCGUGAUCGUUUUGUAUUUCUAUGAUUUGGAUAAAAAUUAUUCAAUGUUUAUAGAAAUUCGCAAUCGAUAUCAUCCUUUCAAUAUUCGCAAGCGACAACGAUGUUACGAAAUAUUCCUUUUAACAAAAUUUCCAAUCGACAGACCUCGCACAGCACGAAUUCGAUAAAUUCAGUUGUAAAACUUUGGUAUCGUAUCGAUAUAUUUUUGAAUUGCGUCCGUUUUUUAUAACGUUACGCACGCAUGGCCAGUGUCGGGCACGAAUCAAAAUAUCGAUACGGUCGAUCGACGGACUCAGCGCAGCCCUAGUAUUAAUUAAAUUUUUCGUCCAAUCGUAGUUUGUAGACAUAGUUUUCGAAGGUGCUUAGUUUUCACAGAGCAUUUUGAAAUAAUAUGAAAAAAUAGACAAAAAAAAUACUCUUACUAAUAUUUUUUCAUUCACAUUCCAUUUUCUUAAAUUACUUACUUAAUUUUUGUAUGACAACCUUUUCAUCGCUUAUCAUAAAGAAAAUAUGAAAUAAAUUCAAAUUGUAUAUUAAAUAAGCUGAUAUUUUGAUAGUAUGACUCAAUUGCAUUUUUUUAAAUAAGUAUUAUAAUUUUCCACCUAGUUAGCUAUAUUGAAUUGGCUACUAAUAAAUCUAGGCGCGCGACCAAUUUUAUGAAGUUUCGUUUUCUUUAACGAUUUUUUCAAAUUUACAAUACUUUUGUAGGUAUCGAAGUCUUCGCGUGAUUUUAUAUUUUACACCUUUGCGUCUUUCUCAAAUCUAACGAAUAAAAAAACAACUAGUGUGAAAACUAAACGCUUAUAUUUUUUUUCGACAAAGACAUUUUCGCUAUACUAAAGUAUUUUUAAGGGAAUCGACGAUAAAUUAGUAAGUUACAAAUAAAUAGUUAGCUCUCCAAUAUUCAAAUGACAAUUUCUAGCGUGUAAAUAAUGCUCGGGCCUCGGUCACAUAGUGAUGGGACUGAUUAUAUCGAUAACAUUCGUCUCGAUAUGGAUCCUGAUUCUCUAUGGCAUUGAAAUCGUAGGAAAUCGUAUCUUAUACAUUUUGUGACGUCACAUUUGAUUCCUCUUCAUACAAUCUGUCAAAUUUGACGUAAUGUGUGUGUUGUAAUUUCAACGUCAUAGCGCGUAAGGAUUCAGCCGUUCUAGAACCAAACUCGGGAUAAUGAGAAUGCAAUCAUUAUAACUUUUGCUAUUGGCUGAAUUCACUGUACCUACUCUUGCUAGUUCCAUAUAAGCUGCACCAAAAAAUAGA